AUGUCUACCUCAAUCGCCAAGACCGCCCAGUUGGCAGCUCAAGCAUUGAAGACUUCAUCUACUUCAAGAACUCUUCAACAAGCUGGUCAAUACCAAGCCUUAAGAAGAACCGGUGGUGAUAUCCGUGCUGCAUCUGGUGCCGCUGGUGCCAACACCAUGACCGUCAGAGACGCCUUGAACUCUGCCAUUGCUGAAGAAUUAGACCGUGACGACGAUGUCUUCCUCAUUGGUGAAGAAGUUGCCCAAUAUAACGGUGCCUACAAGGUCUCCAGAGGUUUAUUAGAUCGUUUUGGUGAAAGAAGAGUUAUCGACACUCCAAUCACCGAAAUGGGUUUCACUGGUUUGGCUGUUGGUUCUGCCUUAGCUGGUUUAAAGCCAAUUUGUGAGUUCAUGACCUUUAACUUUGCUAUGCAAUCCAUUGAUCACAUCAUCAACUCCGCCGCCAAGACUUACUAUAUGUCUGGUGGUACUCAACCAUGUAACAUCACCUUCCGUGGUCCAAACGGUGCCGCUGCCGGUGUUGCUGCUCAACAUUCCCAAUGUUACGCUGCCUGGUACGGUUCUAUCCCAGGUUUAAAGGUUUUGUCUCCAUACUCUGCUGCUGAUUACAAGGGUUUAUUCAAGGCUGCUGUUAGAGAUCCUAACCCGGUUGUCUUCUUGGAGAAUGAAAUUGCCUAUGGUGAAUCCCACGAAAUGCCUGAAGAAGCCUUGUCCUCUGACUACGUCUUGCCAAUCGGUAAGGCCAAGAUCGAAAAGGAAGGUAGCGACAUCACCUUAGUUUCCCACUCCAGAAACGUCUUGCACUGUUUGCAAGCUGCUGAAGUUUUAGAAAAGGAAUACGGUGUUAAGGCUGAAGUUCUUAACUUGAGAUCUAUCAAGCCAUUAGACGUUGAUUCCAUUGUCAACUCUGUCAAGAAGACCAACCACUUGGUCACCGUUGAAGCUGGUUUCCCAGCUUUCGGUGUUGGAUCAGAAAUCUGUGCUCAAAUCAUGGAAUCUGAAGCCUUUGACUACUUGGAUGCACCAGUUGAAAGAGUUACUGGUUGUGAAGUUCCAACCCCAUACGCUAAGGAAUUGGAAGACUUUGCUUUCCCAGAUAGAGAAGUUGUCUUGAGAGCAUCCAGAAAGGUUUUGGGAUUGUAA